AUGUACAAGAAAAAGUAGGUUUUGCUCAAUGUUAAGGACAACUAAAUAAAAAACACUCUAUUUCAAAUUGAGUAGAUUAAAUAUUUUCUGAAAAGUAUUCACACUGUAGUAGAGUUAAUUAUUUGAACCACAGUCCAAAGAAAUUCAGCUUGCCACAUGUGCAGGAGGUUUUUGUACCAGCAGUAAUAGGGAUUGUAUCACUGUGGUACACUUUUGGUAGCGGCACCAGACUAGAUGUUGGAAGUAAGUAACAAGCUCUUUUGAUAUUAAUGUCAGCUAAUUUUUGGGGGUAUUUGACUUUCUUAAACUCUGUCUACGAACAUUUUGCGAUUUUACAUAUUUUACUUUCUAAAAAAUAUAGUUAUUUCUAUUACUUUUGACGAAGCCUUCUUUCAAAUAACAUUUUAUUUAACCAAAAUGUUAAAAUGUAGGUGUUUAUUUAUAUGACUGGUUUGAUGGAUUGAAGAGUAUAAUUCUAGAAUGAUAACUACUUAAUAAUAUUGAAUAUAGUUGUUGCAUUGUGUAUUACUGUUUGUGUGCGAUUGUUGAUCUUUAACUCUCAAAUAUUUUUAGUUAAAUUUAGCUUUUGAAUGAGCCUUCUUUCAAAUAUAUAUUUAUUGAAUCAAAAUGAUAAAUUGUAGGAUUAUUUGAAUGUCUGAUUCAUAUAUUUCCUAAUUCUGAUAUAAUAACUAUUUAAUAAUGUAAUAGUAUAGUAUAUAGUAUUCAUCAUUGUUGCAUUGUGUUCAUGGUAGACUUCACUGUUAGUGUGAAGACAAAGGGUCUCAGUUAUGUUUGUAACAGACUUCAAGGUUGAUAUGUGAAUAAAAUAUAUUAUUUUCAUAUUUAGAAGGCAUUUCCAAUUCACUUUAUUUUGAUGUGUCCUUUUGCUGAAGAUAAUAUCUUACUGUAGCUGUACUUGAUGUAGUUACUUAGUUGAUGUGUUCUGUUUGUUCAAGGUAACAGAGCCCCCACCCUCACCGUCCUGGCCCCCUCUAGUGAGGAGCUGUCCACUAGAACAACAGUCACACUGACGUGUCUGGCCAACAAGGGCUUCCCCUCAGACUGGACCAUGAGCUGGAAAGUGGACGGGACCAGCAAGAAGCAGGAGGCCAGUCCCGGGGUCCUGGAGAAGGAUGGCCUGUACAGCUGGAGCAGCAUCCUGACUCUCACUGCCCAGGAGUGGACCAAGGCAGGAGAGGUGACCUGUGAAUCCCAGCAGAAAUCCCAGACUCCAGUCACCAAGACCCUGAGGAGGGCUGAUUGUUCUGGGUAGGACCCCUCAGUCACACAGCCCUGUGGAGAGAGGCUACUGGUUCCUCUGCUUUGACUCUGUUCUGAGAUCAGAUGUUAUAUGUCUUAUUGAUCACUGACAUGUAGACUAACAGAUGGCUUUGCUUGAGUUCAUGUGUCAAUCCUCUCUGUAGACUGAGGUUGUAUCAGUGUUAGAUUUGAUGUCUUCUGCUUUAUUACUAUUAGAUACUGUAGGAAUGUUUGCUUUGAUGCUUUGAUUAAUAGAUGAAAAUAAAGAUUUCCCUUUGGAACAAAUAUUUUUGAUGUCUCUUUCAAUAAUUAGAUUUUAGUCUUAAAUGUUGUUGAAUGAUAUAAAAUUAUAUUUAUAAAGCCUUGUUGACAGUUUGAAAACUAUGAGACCUAAAUGUCGUUGCUUAGUUAUUUAUGUUCUUACUUGAAACCACAACAUCAUCAACCAGUAGUUCAUAUUAACACAAUAUGCUACAAUGUUAACAGAUUAACAGGAUAUAUUUUGAUACUACAAUGUUAACAGAUUAACAGGAGAGGUCUAGAUACUACAAUGUUAACAGAUUAACGGGAGAGGUCUAUAUACUACAAUGUUAACAGCUUAACAGGAGAGGUCUAGAUACUACAAUGUUAACAGAUUAACAGGAGACGUAUAGAUACUACAAUGUUAACAGAUGAACAGGAGAGGUCUAGAUACUACAAUUUUAACAGAUUAACAGGAGAGGUCUAGAUACUACAAUGUUAACAGAUUAACAGGAGAGGUCUAGAUACUACAAUGUUAACAGAUUAACAGGAGACGUUUAGAUAAUACAAUGUUAACAGAUUAACAGGAGAGGUCUAGAUGCUACAAUUUUAACAGAUUAACAGAAGAGGUCUAGAUGCUACAAUUUUAACAGAUUAACAGGAGAGGUCUAGAUACUACAAUGUUAACAGAUUAACAGGAGAGGUCUAGAUACUACAAUGUUAACAGAUUAACAGGAGAGGUCAAGAUACUACAAUGUUAAUAGAUUAUCAGGAGAGGUCUAGACACAUGUAGUAGAUGGUACUCCUUAUUCAUCUUUCUUAGCACAGAUUUUGACCUGCUUGAUUUAUAGAUUUGUAAAGGCAGUAAUCUACAGAUGUAGGAUCUUCAUUUUGAUCAUCCUGUUGCAGGAGAUCCGUCACGCAAUGCUUGACAUUAACAUUUGCAGUGUAUUUGAGGUUUAAAAAGGAUUCUGAAUUUAGUAAUUUCCACUUUCAAAUUUCAGACUUGAUUUUCCUAUACGAUAAAUGUAUCAACCCCUACAAAAAUAUCAACACAACAAGCAACAAUUUUGCUGAUUUUACUGAUUUACAGUUCAUAUAAGGAAACCAGUCAAUUGAAAUAAAUGUAUUAGGCGCUAAUCUAUGGAUAUCACAUGACUGGAUAGUGUAACAGCCAUGAGUGGGGAUGGUAGGGCAUAGGCCCACCCACUGGGGAGCCACAGGCCCAGCCAAUCAGAAUGAGUUUUUCCCCACAAAAGUGCUUUAUUAUAGACAGAAAUACUCCUCAGUUUCAUCAGCUGUCCAGGUGGCUGGUCUCAGACGAUCCCACAGGUGAAGAAGCCAGAUGUGGUCCUGGGCUGGAGUGGUUACCCGUGGUCUGCGGUUGUGAGGCCGGUUGGACAUACUGCCAAAUUCUCUAAAACGACGUUGGAAGCGGCUUAUGGUAGAUAAAUGUACAUUCAAUUCACUGCCAGCAGCUCUGGUGGACAUUCCUGCAGUCAGCAUGCCAAUUGCACGCUUCCUCAAAACGUGAGACAUCUGUGACAUUGUGUUGUGCGACAAAACUGCACAUUUUAGAGUGGCCUUUUAUUGUCCCCAGCACAAGGUGUACCUGUGUAAUGAUCAUGCUGUUUAAUCAACUUCUUGAUAUGCCACACUUGUCAGGUGGAUGGACUAUCUUGGUAAAGGAGAAAUGCUCACUAACAGGGAUGUAAAGAAAUGUCUGCACAAAAUUUGAGAUAAAGAAGCUUUUUUUUGCGUAUAAUUACAAUCAACAUAAUAAUUCACAUUUCCUGUUGAUCCAGUAUUAUUUUCCUGCUGUAGCAAACUGGCUCAAAUUAAGAUCCUACAUCUGUAACGCCAUUGAACAUUUUAUUAAUAUCUUGGACUCUCACCAAUGUGAUUACACCUGCAUUAAGCUAAAUUAGUUUGAAAAGUUACCUUCAUAGUAUUACAAGAAUCACAUCUUCAAGAUAGUCAUAGUCUUCUCUACCUCCAACCCCCUGGGGACAGAGUGUACAUCUGGUGACAGUACUGUUCUAUUCUGGGACAAGCUGAACCACCCAGUCCUGUCUAUGUAAAUCUCAGUUUCACUCCCAUAGCUACCAGUCUAGCAGUUGAACAGUUUCACUGCCUGCAACACCCUGGACUGGGCCAGAUGUGAGGGAGUGACUGGUUUUAACCUCUGUGGUGGAUUCAGGAAGGGAGACAUAACAGAUAUUCCACCAUGUAAUUAAUGACAGAUAAAAUGGGUAUUAUACUGUAUGUAGAUAUGUGCAUACACAUGUAUAAUGUUUGUGCCCCGCAUCAUGUCUCGUUCACAGAUCUAACAGUCAGUAACCUGCUCAUCAAAAUAGUUAAUAUAAUGCUAGACAAUCACAUCAAUAUUUGGUUGUGAGGUACAGUACAUAUGGGGAUUUUAUCUAGGGGGGGUUGAUGCUGAUGUAACAUCGUCUUCACUUGAAUAUGGACUGGUAUUGUGAAUGUUUCCUAACUUCAAAUAAUGUUUAUAGGUGCACUUUCAGGCUGUGACACAUAUAACGAGUCACAACCAUGACAUGACGAUGAUGGUGGUGAUGAUGAUGAUGAUGGAAAACAUGUGGUCUGAAUGAUGCUUUCUAAACAUAUUCAAAGUUGACCUCCUCUACUGUCCAGUGUUCCAUGUCACUGUCUCUUCCCCCUCAGCACCUGCAGUAGGUCCCAGCUGUAGCAGUACAGUCACUGUGCAGUCUGACUGAGGGAGGUUUUUGUACGACUCUGUAUCACUGUGUGAACACAUAUUUACUAUUGGGAUAGUGGAAACUCUGACAGUAAUAAUCUCCUGCAUCUUCAGCCUGGACUCCACUGAUGCUCAGAGUGAAGUCACUAUGAGAUCCACUGCCACUGAAUCUAGAUGGAGUCCCAGACUGAAGUGUUGUAGCAUAGUAAAUAAGGAGUUUAGGAGCUCCUCCAGGUUUCUGGUGGUACCAGGCUAGAUAGUUAUUAGAAUACACAUUACUGCUGGUUUUACAGUUCAGAGAGACUGUCUGUCCUUGGAGAACAGCUUUCACUGCAGGAGUCUGAGUCACAACGUACUGUCCUCUGGAUUCUGAAAAAUAGAAUACAAACAUUUAUAUGAAAUGAAUAUUACAUAUAGUAAACAAUAGUUCUGAAUAAAAAAAGAAUGUUAAUAUACAUUAUACUUUUGUGUAGCUGUAAUAGUUUUAAAUAUUAACAUUAAUAGAAAUUGAUCCUUUCUGUAAAGAUAUAUUUUUUCAACAAUAAAUUUGGAAAAUGUUAACCUUGAAAGCAGAAAGCAAGUGUCCAGAUGAAGAUGGUGAUAAAAGUCAUGGUUGUUGUGGGUUCUGUUGUCAUGAAGGACAGCUCUCAGUCAUGAAGUGUUAAACUCACAGGGAUAUAAACACUUCCAGAGCAGUAAGGCAGAUGCAUUAUGCAAAUGAAUGUUUCAAAUCUAUUUCAGUUUCCAAAUAGGCUGCCAUAACAAGAAUGUAUUUUAUCUUGCAUGUAAAAUCAAACCGUAACUGUUUACUCUGAUAUCUGAUGCAUUGUAACUUUUAUGUCACACCACCAUUUUAUUUUAUUCUGAUGAUGAUCAGAUAUAAUGAACUGUCUGUUCACUCAUGCUUGGUCUCUUAUGUAAGUUCCUCUAAUCAGUUAGUGAACACUUCUCUAAACUAAAGCUGGUAGGAUUCCUCUGGUAGUGUUGUCUGUCCUCUGUGACUUUACCACCACUGUUAAAUCUGAGAUCAACAUCUUUAAUAAAGGAAUAUACAACAUGGAUCAUUAUCACUGCUGCUGCUGCUGUUGUUUUUAUGGAGGAAUACUCGCUACACUGGAUCUAAUGCUGGACUGUACCUACAGACUAGGAGAACACCUGAUACACAGAGGAAGAAAAAAAUAAUAAUAUCUGGAUUUAAGAUACAAUUCAUAUUUGUAUUAUCUAGAAACAGCUUAUAUGAAGUGUUUGCUCUACCUGGAAGAUGUUAAAGUGUAUUUGUGUUGAUUAUGCUUCUGUAUGAGUGAUCUUCACUGUAACAGCUGCAGCAUCACAACACAGAGAGGUUUUUGUACCAGCAGUAAUAGGGAUUGUAUCACUGUGGUGGACUUUUGGUAGUGGCACCAGAGUUGAUGUAGGAAGUAAGUAAACACAAAAUUAACUGUUUUAUUCAGCAUUUGAUGUCGUGAGUCAAUAUCUCUAUUAAUUGUGCCUCAAUAUUGAGGAUUUUUUAAAUAAAAAUUAAAAAAAAGAUUUUUUGAAAAAUAGACAAGGCCUACACAUACUAUGGCCAAUUUGAACAUGAAUUUUAUUACAUAUAAUCACAUUUGACCUACAUUUUUCUAUGAUGAGAGUGAUUAGCCUACAUUUUAGAUUAGUUGUAUGAAUCAACAUACUGCACCUAGUAGGAAAUGUACAAGAAAAAGUAGAUUUUGCUCAAUGUUAAGGAAAACUAAAUAAAAAACACUCUAUUUCAAAUUGAGUAGAUGAAAUAUUUUCUGAAAAGUAUUCAUACUGUAGAAGAGUUAAUUAUUUGAACCACAGUCCAAAGAAAUUCAGCUUGCCACAUGUGCAGGAGGUUUUUGUAGCAGCAGUAAUAGGGAUUGUAUCACUGUGGGCCACUUUUGGUAGCGGCACCAGACUUGAUGUUGGAAGUAAGUAACAAGCUCUUUUGAUAUUAAUGUCAGCUAAUUUUUGGGGGUAUUUGACUUUCUUAAACUCUGUCUACGAAAAUAUUGCGAUUUUACAUUUUUUAAUUUUUUUAAAAUGUAGUUAUUUCUAUUACUUUUGACGAAGCCUUCUUUCAACUAACAUUUUAUUUAACCAAAAUGUUAAAAUGUAGGUGUUUAUUUAUAUGACUGGUUUGAUGGAUUGCAGAGUAUAAUUCUAGAACGAUAACUAUUUAAUGAUAUUGAAUAUAGUUGUUGCAUUGUGUAUUACUGUUUGUGUGCGAUUGUUGAUCUUUAACUCUCAAAUAUUUUUUGUUAAAUUUAGCUUUUGAAUGAGCCUUCUUUCAAAUAUAUAUUCAUUGAAUCAAAAUUAUAAAUUGUAGGAUUAUUUGAAUGUCUGAUUUAUAUAUUUCCUAAUUUUGAUAUAAUAACUAUUUAAUAAUUUAAUAGUAUAGUAUAUAGUAUUCAUCAUUGUUGAAUUGUGUUCAUGGUAGACUUCACUGUUAGUGUGAAGACAAAGGGUCUCAGUUAUGUUUGUAACAGACUUCGUGAUCUAACAAGGUUGAUAUGUGAUGAAAAUAUAUUAUUUUCAUAUUUAGAAGGCAUUUCCAAUUCACUUUAUUUUGAUGUGUCCUUUUGCUGAAGAUAAUCUCUUACUGUAGCUGUACUUGAUGUAGUUACUUAGUUGAUGUGUUCUGUUUGUUCCAGGUAACAGAGCCCCCACCCUCACCGUCCUGGCCCCCUCUAGUGAGGAGCUGACCAGUAAAACAACAGCCACACUGACGUGUCUGGCCAACAAGGGCUUCCCCUCAGACUGGACCAUGAGCUGGAAACUGGAUGGGACCAGCAAGAAGCAGGAAGCCAGUCCCGGGGUCCUGGAGAAGGACGGCCUGUACAGCUGGAGCAGCAUCCUGACUCUCACUGCCCAGGAGUGGACCAAGGCAGGAGAGGUGACCUGUGAAGCCCAGCAGAAAUCCCAGACUCCAGUCACCAAGACCCUGAGGAGGGCUGACUGUUCU